CCGGACGCGGCUCACGGUGGCCUGCAACAUCACCUUCUCUUCCACCAUACCCAACAGCCCAAACCAAACUAACCUCAAACCAACCCAACCAACAUCCAAAGACCCACUGCAAAAGAGACGAAGACCGAAGCCUGAAGAGGGAAGCAAAGAACCAAGAACAAAAUGUUCCCCACCCUCCCAACCCUCGCCUCCUCCCUCUCGCGCGCCAUCCAGCUCACCACCCCCGCGCAUUCCGCGCCUUUCAAGAGGUCGCAGAAUGGCCUGUUUCAUGGGAAGAUGAAGAUUUAUGGGAAUAGCGUGCCGUUUUCGAAGAAGAAGACGCGGAGGUUCUGGCUCCCGAAUCUGCAGAAUAAGACAUUCAGGAGCGAGGCGCUGGAUAAAGAUGUAGAAGUGAAGGUCAGCACGAAGGCGUUGAAGACGAUUCGCAAGUACGGCGGCAUAGACCCCUACCUCCUGCAAACCCCCUCCUCCCUCCUCGGCUACGAAGGCAUCCGCCUCCGCAUCCUCGUGCACACCGCAACGCAAACGAACAACGCCAUCGCCUCCCGCAUCGCGAAACUCGGCACGGACGACCCUAAAACAUUAUUAGCCGACUUGCAGAAAGACGUGAAGAGGAACUGGAAGGAUUGGGAUUGGAAUUCUAGGGUGGGGAAGUCAGAUGUGGAGGGGGAGGGGGAGGGAGAGGGGGAGAGGCAGGAGAGGGAGGAGAGAAGGGAGAGGGUGAUUUGGGAGGGGAAUAGGUUGGGUAGGGAGGAGCGGGCGUUGGAGAGGAGGGCGGGGAUCGAUCCGGAUGCGUGGAUUAGGGAGGAGGAGAAGGAAGGUGCGUUUGCAUUUGCGUUUUGA